AACGGUGGCAAGCACCCAGCUAGCCUGACUUCUUUGUUAUAUCUACCGAGGGAGAAAGGGGGUAGAGGCUAAUUGUGAUAAGGAAAGCCUUGGGCGGGUCCUGAAGCUCCAAAAACGAGCAGCUAGAGUAAUCCUGAAUGCCCCCCCUAAAGCACCAUCAGUUCCCUUGUUUAAUCGGCUGAAAUGGUUGCCUUUUUAUAAAGACGCUUUCAUAUCUAAAUGUAUCAUUGCUUAUAAGCGAUUACAAGGUGACGUCCCUGUUUAUCUCAACGAUCUACUUAAAUUAAACAGUAACAUCCACAGUAGAAAAACCAGGUACUGUAAUUUUAACCUAACCUCUCCGAGGUAUAAUCGCGAAACAGAAGGAGGCAGAACUUUUAGCGUAACAACUUGCAAAGCGUGGAACAGCUUAUCUUUGCCUGUAAGGCAAAGGGACUCAGUUGACUCUUUAAAAAAAGCAUUGUGGAAUGAAUUUUUUAAACAACAGCAGAAUUUUGAUCAUUUUUCUAUUUAAGUUACUUGAUGAACUGUGAGAUUAUUAUAACGCUAUAUUUUAUCUUUUAAAUAAUUUAGUAGAUUCUAUAGUAUCUGUAUUCUUAAUUGGUUUUAAUCUUGUAUUUUUUCAUAGCUUAGUAUACUCAUUUAUUAUUUUAUUAUUUAUUAUUUAGAGGGCCACAAGUUUAUUAGCCCCGGCUAUUUCGUGCUAACCCUCAUAAAAUAAAGUCUUUACUUACUUACUUACUAGAGGCCUGCGAUCAGUCGAACACGAGUACAAGAUCACUAAAAUCAAAUCGCUACUGAAAUUGUAUCAGAACCCGGACCAGACUGUGGAAGCAGUUAGAGAAUUUGAAGAACACGCCAUGGCAUCAGGCCACCAGUCGCUCGUAAAGGAAGGAGCUAAGUACGCUGAAGAACUCAACAUUACACUUCAGCUUGAUACCCUAAAUCCCGUGUGUGUGACAACAGAAGGAAAGGUGGUAACUGCAGCAAGAGCUGGGAAUCUGUUGAAGCAAUCUCAAGAGAAGCAGUUCUUGGAGAUCGCUAAAGACAAAAAGUGGCAAGGAAAGUUAUUCCGUAUCAGAUGGGAAGAUGAGAGCCUAAGCAUAACCAGCUUCUUUGCAUGGUUAAAAGGUUGGGCUACAUGCCCUACACAUACCAUCGCGGACAUGUAUGAAUUGUAUGAGCAGUUGCUACCUACGAAGCUCUACACAAAGGAGAAGACGCAAACCUCCACCGACGGCGAAGUGCUAUGCAGGUUAUGUGGGAAGGUAGCUGAGAGCGUUGCACAUGUACUAGCUGGAUGUUCCUCCCUGGCGCAAACCAAGUACCUAUACAGGCAUAACGCAGCUUUGAAGAUUCUGUUUUUUGAGCUCCUGCGAGAGCAUGGGUUAAUGGAAGAGGUUCCGCCAUGGUACUCACCGGUGAUGCCAAAACCAGCCUACCAGGACACCACGAGUGAGGCGUUUUGGGAUAUUCCCAUCUAUGCAGAGCACAACGAAGUUAGAGCAAAUCGGAUCGACGCGCGACUUGUCAACCACGAGAGGAAAGAAGUCUGCACAAUUGAAAUGAGCUGCCCAUGGAUUGAGAGUAGAGCUAAGAAAGAUGAGGAAAAGAAACUCAAGUAUGGGCCCAUGAUGUGGGAGCUGAAGCAGAGAUACAAUGGUUACAGGGUUGAACAGUACAACGUAAUAAUUGACGUACUGGGGGGUUACUCUAAACACCUAGAGAAGUCGGUGAGGAAGCUACUUGGAGCAAGAGCACGGAGCUUACUUGAGCGGAUGCAGAAGUCGGUCAUCUCAAACACUUUAAACAUUGCCAGAACAUUUAAGAUAAAUACUUAG